CCGGGUCGAAGGGUUUGCUUCCGGAGAGCGGGAAGGCUGAAACGUGCUGGCCGGGUUGCAAUCGAGUUUGCAACGUUCUAGGUGGAGGAGGUCGCAGCUAUGGACAGGAGUAUCUUCGGGGAGAUGUCGUCCCCUGUGAUCCGGGAGGCAGAAGUGACACGGACUGCAAGAAAGCAAAGUGCUCAAAAAAGAGUCUUAAUUCAGUCUAACCAAGAUGAAAAUUUUGGUAACACUACACCAAGAAGCCAAAUGAUUCCUCGAACUCCAAGCUCAUUUCGACAACCUUUUACUCCACCAAACCGAAGCUUACUAAAACACCCGGAUAUUUCCUGCAUUCUUGGAACAGACGGGAGGUCGCCCCGGCACACACAGUCUUCUGGGUUCUUGGGAAAUCUGUCCAUGGUAACUAAUCUGGAUGACAGUAACUGGGCAACAGCAUUCUCAUCCCAGCGUUCAGGGUUCUACACAAACUUGGAGCCCCACAGUGUAACCGAGGACGUAAACCUAAGUGCCGUUAUGUUACGUGAAGACGACCCUGGAGAGGCUGCAUCCAUGAGUAUGUUCUCUGAUUUCCUGCAGUCUUUCUUGAAGCACUCUUCAACCACAGUUUUUGAUCUUGUAGAAGAGUAUGAAAAUAUCUGUGGUAGUCAGGUGAAUAUACUGAGUAAAAUAGUGAGCCGAGCAACCCCUGGACUGCAGAAGUUUUCAAAGACAGCCAGUAUGCUCUGGCUUCUUCAACAAGAGAUGGUCACAUGGAGGCUGCUUGCGUCUUUGUAUAGAGACAGAAUACAGUCUUCAUUAGAAGAGGAAAAUAUGUUUGCAGUUGCUGCUGUCAACGCCAGCGAGAAGACAGUUGUGGAAGCGCUGUUUCAGAGGGACUCACUGGUCCGACAGAGUCAGCUCGUGGUAGAUUGGCUAGAAAGUAUUGCCAAAGAUGAAAUUGGAGAAUUUUCUGAUAAUAUUGAGUUUUAUGCAAAAUCAGUAUAUUGGGAGAAUACCCUCCACACCUUAAAACAACGGCAGCUACUGUCUUACAUAGGAAGCGUCCGUCCUCUUGUCACUGAACUGGACCCUGAUGCUCCCAUUAGACAGAAAAUGCCACUUGAUGAUCUGGAUAGAGAAGAUGAAGUUAGGUUACUCAAGUACCUUUUCACUCUGAUCCGUGCUGGGAUGACAGAAGAGGCACAACGACUCUGUAAACGUUGUGGGCAAGCAUGGCGAGCUGCCACACUGGAAGGCUGGAAGCUGUAUCAUGACCCUAAUGUUAAUGGAAGCGGAACAGAACUAGAGCCUGUUGAAGGGAAUCCAUACAGACGAAUUUGGAAGAUUAGUUGCUGGAGAAUGGCAGAAGAUGAACUUUUUAAUAAAUAUGAAAGAGCAAUUUACGCCUCACUGAGCGGGAAUCUCAAGCAGCUUCUUCCUGUCUGUGACACCUGGGAGGACACAGUGUGGGCCUACUUCCGGGUGAUGGUGGACAGCCUGGUUGAACAGGAGAUUCGGACAUCAGUGGUGACGCUGGAUGAAACAGAAGAACUCCCUAGAGAGUACACGGAAGCGAAUUGGACCUUAGAAAAGGUUUUUGAAGAACUUCAAGCCACUGAUAAAAAGAGAGUUCUGGAAGAGAAUCAAGAACAUUACCAUAUAGUUCAGAAAUUCCUCAUCCUGGGAGACAUCGAUGGUUUGAUGGAUGAAUUCAGCAAAUGGCUUUCCAAGAGCAGAAGCAAUCUACCUGGACACCUGCUCCGAUUUAUGACGCACCUUAUUUUGUUUUUCCGCACCCUGGGACUGCAGACCAAAGAAGAAGUUUCCAUUGAAGUUUUAAAGACAUACAUACAGCUUUUAAUAAGUGAGAAGCAUACAAACCUCAUUGCAUUUUAUACCUGUCAUUUGCCUCAAGACCUUGCUGUUGCCCAGUAUGCAUUGUUUUUGGAAGGUGUUACAGAGUUUGAGCAGCGGCAUCAGUGCCUGGAACUGGCUAAAGAAGCAGAUUUGGAUGUUGCAACAAUAACAAAAACUGUAGUUGAGAAUAUUCGAAAGAAAGAUAAUGGUGAAUUUAGUCACCAUGACCUGGCUCCAUCCCUAGAUACUGGCACUACUGAGGAGGACCGUGUAAAGGUGGACGUGAUUGACUGGUUGGUGUUCGACCCAGCGCAGAGGGCAGAAGCACUGAAGCAGGGCAAUGCCAUCAUGAGGAAGUUCCUAGCAUCAAAAAAACAUGAAGCUGCAAAAGAAGUGUUUGUGAAAAUUCCUCAGGAUUCCAUUGCAGAAAUCUACAAUCAGUGGGAGGAGCAAGGCCUGGAAAGCCCACUUCCUGCUGAGGACGACAACGCUAUCCGAGAACAUUUGUGUAUCAGAGCCUAUCUGGAAGCCCAUGAAACCUUCAAUGAGUGGUUUAAGCAUAUGAAUUCAGCUCCACAAAAACCUACAUUGAUAUCUCAACCAACUUUUACAGAGAAAGUGGCUUUUGAACACAAAGAAAAGAAGUACGAAAUGGAUCAUAGUAUUUGGAAGGGACAUUUAGAUGCCCUAACUGCUGAUGUAAAGGAGAAAAUGUACAACGUCUUGUUGUUUGUUGACGGAGGGUGGAUGGUAGAUGUCAGAGAGGGUUCAAAUGGUCGUUCUCUGACCUUGGCAUGCAGACCCACAUGUGAGUACAGUCUGCACCAUGUGUGACCCGGUGCCCGUGGAGGCCAGAAGAUGGCACCUAAUCCUGACAGUAGAGUUAGAGAUGGAUGUGAGUAGCCAUGUGGGUGCUGGGUUCCAGCUCAGGUCUUUUGGGAAAGCAACACGUGCUUUCCCACUUUUUCUCCAUCUUAGCCACUGAGCCAUUCCUCCGGCCAGGUUUUUAAACAAUUAAAAAACAAGCCCACAACAGUAACAAAAACCAUACACACUAUCUUCUAAUGUUCUUUCUCUAAAUAAGAACAUCUACAGAUUCUUUUUUAUAUAAAGUUGGUAGUUAUAACUAAACCUCCCCGUGUUUUAAGCUUAAAAAUAAUACCUUGGAAGAGGAGUAAUUCAUUCUUGAAUAUACUUCACAUUCAGUAUGCUCACUCAGACUAACUAAAAUGUAAUUUUUUUAAAUUCUAGAUCUAAAAUUCAUUUGUUUCUAGUUGUUGAGUUAGUUAGGGCCUUACUAUAUAAUAGAAGCAUACCUUGAACUCACUGUGUGCCAGCUGCCCUGGAACUUGAAAUUCCCCUGACUGCUGGUGUGCAGAUACAUGCCACCAAACCUCAGUCUAAGCUUUGAUGUGUGUAUUCAACUUAGAAAUAGGUGAGUCUAAAACCAUGAGACAUAAAACAGCAGCAUCGCUCUGAGACACCCAUUUACAUGACUCGGCAUGUUCUUCCUUAAACACAGGAUUCCAGAGUAAGAAUGAGCUGCAAAAGUAUUAAAUAGUACAAACCAGUGUGUGUGACCCCAGCAUUUGGGGGGCUGAAGUAAGAGGAUUAGGAGUCACUGCAGCCUCAGCUGUCACUCCCCACAAGAGAAUUAAAUGCAGAAAGCAAACACAGUGGAUUUGUUGUGAAUCCAGAUGAAAAGAUCACUUUGAUAGCACACAUGCCUGGCAUGAUGGGGCCUCAGCAUAUCAGUAAAGGAAAAAGAAGUUUGCUUUUGGAAGUGGCUGGACAGGAUGCUAAGAGAUACAGGUGGGAUGUGGAGCCAAGGAAGCGGUGACUGAGAAGGAAGAGGCACUGAGGCCGGCGUCACUUCCUCUUCUUGGUAGUCUUUGUGCUGUCUUUUCUUCUGCCGUCCCUCAUAUCCUCCUGUAUAUAGUUUUCCAUUUUUUGAUUGUGUAAGAAAAUGAUCCAUUUCCUCUUCUUGCUUCCUUAUUGUCAGGUUGGUAUGUUCUCUCAAACCUUAGGACUGUCUGCAGACACAUACACCCCGCCUUUUCUCCUUCUGGAGAAACUACAUAUUUUCCCUUCUAACUUUUGCUGUAAUGGUAUUUAGUCUCAUUCCUUUGGUGUGUGACCAAAUGUCUAGUAAGAAACAGCUUAGAGGAGGGGGGGCUUGUUUGGGCUUGGAGUUUUGAGGGUACAGUCUUGGGCAUCAGGGGUAAGAGGCCAGUUGUAAGGAAGAAGUGUGGUCAGACCAUAAAACCUCAAGCCCUCGCCCACCCUAUUACCUACCUCAACAAGUCUCCACCUCCCUAAAGCUUCCAGAACAUUCCUAAACAGCUCUACCCUCUGGGGGCUCAAUGCUCAAACACAUGGAACUUAGGGGGACAUUUUACACUCAGACCACAACAGGUCUGAUCCUGAGACGUGACAGAAUGGUGACUCGGAGCCCUGCAUCUUGGAUUGUUGGGAUGUCGUUUUGAACGCUACUCAGUUCUGCAGGUUGUGUGUGCUGGGGUCCCCUCUGCCGGCCCUCACGUCACAGUUAUGCCUUUUCUUUGAGCAGCUUAGUUGCUACAUUGUCCUACCUCUCUAGCUUCUCUUUCCUGCCAGGAAGUGAAUAUUAACAGGGAAUGCUGCUACUGAUAACAGGAUUGUUAGGUCAAUUUCUGGGUUUUUGUUUAUUGUUUCAUGGUAUUAGGAUUGAGCGCAGGCCUCACACAUGCCAGCAUGCACAGUACCACUGAACUCAUCCUCAGCCAUCAGUGUACUGUUGGCAGAGGUUUCUGUCUCGCCCGGUCCCACAGCCAUUUGGUCCCAAAG